UCUUGACAGUUUUUGUAGCGUUAAUGUGAACAAAGUUGUAAUUUAUAUAGGUUAUGGUAGUGUGUUGUGUGUAGUGUGUUGCGUUUAGGUAUUAAACCCGGAUUAGUACUUCACUUCCCUUCUUUACAUUCGUAUCAUCCAUCUUACAUGAAGCCAAUUUUCCCAAUAAUUCUCUAGAUUCGGGUAUAGAAAAUAUGGACACUCUGCCCAUGGAAGUGGUGGAGGUUAUAGCCCUGCAUUUGACAGCAAGGGAUUUGGCAGCAUGCUGUUCAACUAACCAUGCCUGGCGUGACAUGUUUGGUCAAGACAUUAUAUGGAAACAUCACUGCAACAGAGCAGUGGCAGAGUGCCUUGCUACUGCUGAGAGCAGAGUGGAGCCCAAGUUUGUGUUACCAGAAAACAAGGAUGUAGCAAACUCCCUGAGUCCUCUGGGGAAGUGGAGACUCGCUUAUUUGAGGGAACAGUUGCUGUGGAGUCACUGGAUAAAUGGAAAAAAACUAAUGGAAACUCUUGCUAUAAAUGACCCACACAAACAGAAGCUAAUACCUUCAGAAGACGGACUGUGUGAGUUUGUCACAAAUGACUACUUGAUUACAUCGUGUGAGAAACAAGUGAUGUUGUGGAACAUCAGCAGCAGUCCUGUUUACGUGAGUGAUCCCUUUCGUCUGUUGUUACCUGGACGUGUGACAUUUUAUUCAUCAAUCGAUAACAACAAGAUUGUCAUUGUCCAGAAAACUGUUGUCCAGAUUUAUCAUUAUGGAUCUCCUAUGAAGCCAAAUUGGACUCUUGAACAAAGUUUUUUGUUUGACAGAGCAACACCUGUUCAGUUCAGUGAAACACAAGAAAUGGAAACUUUUCCUCUCACUUUUAGUUGCCUUGUGAUAGAGAAUUAUUUUGUAGGCAUCUUGUCUUCAGGAGAAAUACAUGUGUGGAAUCUCCAAUCCGGUACAAAGCUGAAGAAAGUUUUGUGUCCUGGUAUAAAUAAUGAUAAAAUCAUUAAAGUUGUAAAUUCAAGGAAUCCAAAAAAGGACUUUGUAAUCACAGUUCGCAGAAAUAACAUGUAUCACUUCUAUGUGUUCAGUCUGGCCAGUUUGGAAUUCUACCCCUUCAACACUAGUCAUGACCUCCAGAGAUUUCCUUCUUGUGUCAUACAAAAUGGAUUAUUGGCUACAUGUCUUAAAAACUCUUUCAAAGUGUUUGACUACCACAGCUCCCAGCUCAUUUUGGUAGUCCCAUCCGACUACUCAGUAGGAUUGUUAACAAUAGAUGAUUACUUUCUUCUCAUAACAAGGAGCACCAUACAUGUAUUCCACACCAUCACUAGAGCUUUUGAAUCAGUACUUAUGCCAUUAUUAAAUCCGCUCGAAAGUAUACAUAGCUUUAAUGAUAUUGCAUGUAGUAAAUUUUUGAUAACAGGUCAUUACAGUGGAGAAAUUGGGUGGGAAAUUGAUCUAAAAUCAAUUCCCAUUAAAAUUACCCAUCUCCGGAAAUUGGUCUACCAAUUUUAUUUCAACUGUGCUAUUAACAAAGCAUGUACAAAGCUAGCAGAAAUUGUGUGGGAUGAACAUGUGAAUAUUAUAAGUCUGUGGUAACUUUAGUCAAUAGAACUGCAAGUGUCAGUAUGGAAAUGAACUAAUUUUUUUCACUAUUAUCAACCAAUAUUGGUUAACUAAUAAUUGAAUGUUUUCAUGUCAAUAUAAUUAUAAUUAUUUUUUAAUAUCACCGAAUAAUGUUUAGAUCAGGGGUUAUAUGAAAUAUUAUAUAAAAAUAAUAAAUUUGUAGUUAUGUUAUCUAGAUAAUUUCAAAUUUAAAAUAAUUAUAUACUUUUUCAAUUUUUAAGGAUACUGUUACUUCAUCAACCAAAGCAUAAACCAGUCUUAGACAGGUUGGUUCUCCCAGAAAAAUCUAUUAAAAACAUGGAGUUUUGCAGAGGACACACUGGGUCCCCUUCUAUUCCUACAAGGAAUGGCUUCUUACCACAUUGAUUUUAUCUAAGUUAUAUUAUUAACCCGAAUAGAUACGGCACACACCCCUGUACAUACUCACUAAGAGUUGAGAUUAGCAAUGUAUCUUUGGUGGUGCCUUUGAAGAACAACAUGAUGUUGGUCAGCCAGUGCUAUUGUAUAAAGUACUUUGUGAUUAAUUGCUAAACAUGUUUAAAGGUUUAUAUGAUGUUCAUGUGGGAAACUUAUGGUCACGUCUUCUAUUUAUUAUUGUUUAAAUUUAGUUAUUAAUUGUUAAAUUGAACAUUGUUAUCUAUUAUUGCCAUGUUGUUAUAGCUGUAUCAAAUUGUUAUUUGUUAAUAUUUAAAACUACUAUUGUUAUUCUCACUUUAUUGUUGUUACAUAGAGCUAAUAUUUAAUAUUGUUAUUUUAUUAUUGCUUUGGUGUUAGUCAUAUGUAUGUAUAACACCAAAUUAAUUAAUACAUAUAUUAUAUAUAUAUAUAUAUAU